AUGUCUAGCAUGCGCCCGUUGACGACCGACCGACUGAACCCGAACGUGAAACACGUCGAGUACGCGGUACGAGGCGAGCUGGCGAUCAAGGCGGAGAAGUACCGCGAGAAGCACAAGGAGCCCGACCACGGCCUGCCCUUCGACAAGGUCAUCUCCUCCAACAUCGGGAACCCACAGCAGAAGGGGCUCGACCAGCCGCCCAUCACGUUCAUCCGUCAGGUUGCGGCGCUGAUGGAAUGGCCCGAGCUGGCAGAGAUUGCGCCGGGCGUGUUCCCUGAGGACGUGAUCGCGAGAGCGAAAGAACUCCAGCACGAGAUCGGCUCCGUCGGCGCCUACUCGCACUCGAUGGGUGUGCCCUUCAUCCGCAAGAACGUCGCAAAGUUCAUCGAGGAACGCGACGGCUACCCCGCAGACCCAGACCACAUCUUUCUGACCGCUGGCGCCUCGGCCGGCGUCACGCUUCUGAUCACCCUGCUUCUACAUGGACCGAAGACAGGCAUCCUCAUUCCUAUUCCGCAGUACCCUCUUUAUACCGCCACCAUCGCCGCCGUCGGCGGCGCCGCGCUCCCCUACCACCUGAACGAGGAGAAAGAGUGGUCCACCUCGACGGACGAUAUCGAUGAAGCGGCCGAGAAAGCCGCGAAAGAUGGCAUCGAGGCGAAAGCGCUCGUAGUCAUCAACCCCGGAAACCCGACCGGCGCUCUGCUUGACCGACACACGAUGGAACAUAUCGUCAAGCUCUGCGAGAAGCACUCGCUCGUACUCCUCGCCGAUGAGGUCUACCAAGACAACCUCCAUCGCCGCGACACGCACCCCUUCACCUCCUUCAAGAAGGUCGUCCGCGAUAUGAAGUCGCCCGUUCCGCUCGUAUCCUUCCACUCCACGUCCAAGGGCGUCGUCGGCGAAUGCGGUCGCCGCGGCGGAUACUUCGAGGUCGUGAACGUCGCCGACGAUGUUGUGGCGCAGAUGUACAAGAUGGUUUCCGUCGGCCUGUGCCCGCCACUCUCAGGUCAGAUCGGUGUGGACUGCAUGGUGCGCCCGCCCAAGGAGGGAGAUCCGAGUUACCCGCUGUACAAGGACGAGACGAGCGAGACGCACUCGGUUCUGGCGAAGAGGACACAGCUCAUGGCAAAGCGCCUGGACGCACUACCUGGUAUCAGCUGUCACAACUCACCUGGCGCUCUGUACCUGUACCCGCGUAUCGACCUGCCUCCCAAGGCCAUCGAGGCCGCACAGAAGGCCGGCAAGGCACCGGACGCGUUGUACGCGCUUGAGUUGCUCGACGAGACAGGAAUCUGCGUUGUCCCUGGUAGUGGGUUCGGGCAGAAGGAGGAUACGCAUCAUUAUCGUUUGACGUGUUUGUGUCCGGGUGUGGAGGAGUAUGUGGAUGCGCUUGAGAAGUUCCACCUGGGUUUCAUGAAACGUUACGAUGGGCUUUAG